AUGCAUCCCAGGCUCGAAGCCGACUUGCAGAAGAAAGCGCUCCGCAAGAGCGCACGCGGAAUCCCCGAGAGAAUCCAAUGGCUGGCCGAAGAGAAGCGCUACAUCGAGGAGAUCCAAGGAGAGCAGUCCCCCGACCUGCACCGCUCGUACGAGAAGAGGAUCGUCGACGCGACCAAGGCCAUCUACACGACCUUCCUCCGGGCCCUCAACCUCCGAUGCUCGCUCGAGCGGCGGCACCUCGGCGCGGCGAGCUGGAAACCCAGGAGCGCCUACGCGGCGGGCAGGCGGUCGCCCGAGGACCGCCGGAGGGCGCGCAACUACCGGCGCCACGAGCACUCGAAGCAGUCGCCCCGCCUCGAGCGCCUGGCCGCCAAGCUCGCCGCCGACCUGGCGCUGGACCCCGAGGCCCGCCGCCGCCGCUCGACGCUCGACUCGACGGCGCGGCCGUUGCUGGCGGCCCGCCUGCGCGACGUCGAGGCGUCCAUGGCCGAGCUCGGCGGCGUGCACGUGCGCCUGGCCUAG